CUUUUGACGUGACCCAGUUGUAGCGGAACACUCCGUCUGUCUAAACAAACCCGUCGAUAAUUGACAGUUGUGGGUGAAAAAACGAGAAAAAACACCCUGUAAAAGUGAAAUUAGUUUUGUAAGCGUCGAGUGGGUUCGGAUACAAGCCUUUUCUAACGGAAACAUGGGAAACUGCCACACCGUUGGACCGAACGAGGCCCUGGUGGUUUCAGGUGGCUGCUGUGGCUCGGAUCAGAAGACGUACGUGGUGGGGGGCUGGGCUUGGGCCUGGUGGCUCAUCUCUGACAUCCAGAGAAUGUCUCUGGAGGUUAUGACCAUCCUCUGUCGCUGCGAGAAUAUCGAAACGUCGGAGGGUGUUCCCCUGGAUGUAACAGGGGUGGCUCAGGUGAAGGUGAUGACAGAAAAUGAGCUGCUGGGUUACGCGUGCGAACAGUUCCUAGGGAAGUCGGUCAUUGAGAUCAAGAGCGUCAUCCUGCAGACGCUUGAGGGUCACCUGCGCGCCAUCCUUGGCACCCUAACUGUCGAGCAAAUUUACCAAGAUCGGGACCGAUUUGCCACUCUGGUGCGAGAGGUGGCAUCACCAGAUGUGGGCCGCAUGGGCAUCGAGAUCCUCAGCUUCACCAUCAAGGAUGUGUAUGAUAAAGUGGAGUACCUGAGCUCGCUGGGCAAAACUCAGACAGCCGCAGUACAGAGGGACGCAGACAUCGGAGUGGCAGAGGCCGAGAGGGACGCUGGCAUCAGGGAAGCCGAGUGUAAGAGGGAAAUGAUGGAUGUCAAGUUCUUGGCUGACACAAAAAUGGCCGACUCCAAACGGGAGCUGGAAAUGCAGAAAGCUUCCUUUAAUCAGGAAGUGAACACAAAGAAAGCAGAGGCUCAGCUGGCGUACGAGCUGCAGGCGGCCAAACAGCAGCAGAACAUCCGCCUGGAGGAGAUUGAAAUCGAGGUGGUGCAAAGGAAGAAGCAGAUCACCAUCGAAGAGAAGGAGGUCAUUCGUACUGAAAAGGAGCUCGUCGCCACCGUGAAGAGACCCGCCGAGGCAGAAGCCUACAAGAUGCAGCAGCUGGCUGAGGGACGGAAGAUAAAGACGGUGCUCACGGCGCAGGCUGAGGCCGACAAGAUCCGCCUCAUCGGCGAGGCUGAGGCAUCCUCCAUUGAAGCGGUGGGCAAGGCAGAGGCCGAGAAGAUGAGGCUGAAGGCUGAAGCCUACCAGCAGUACGGCGAGGCGGCCAAGACAGCUCUGGUGCUGGAGGCUUUACCUAUGAUUGCCAGUAAGGUGGCUGCACCUCUGGCCAGGACCAGUGAGAUCGUCAUCCUGAGCGGAGAUGGCAGCCGCGUGACCGGAGAGGUAAACCGUCUAUUGGCUGAGCUCCCCGUGUCCAUCAACGCCCUCACCGGAGUGGAUCUGACUAAGAUCCCUCUGCUCCAGAAGAUGAUGAACCCACCGUGCCAGACAGCCAUGUGAAGAAUCAGGCCAGAGACUCGUCUCUCUGAAGCCUUCGACAUUCAUUUGCCUGAAGCAUGACAGUUUUUAUUUUUUUUUGUGUAUUUUUUUUGAAGAGUCAGCCUAUGACCCUGUAUGCAACUGCCUUUGACCAGAAACACUUGACAUCCGCCAAGAAGUUUAAAAAAUAUAUAUAUUUUUAAGAGGUUGCUUAAUAUCUGGGGCCUUAAUCUCCAGAGGACCAGUCUAUAUGUAUCUUCUGUUCUGUUCUCAACCAGUCGUUCCUUGUCACACUGCACUAGUUACCCAGGAUGUUAUGCUGUUUCUACUAUUUCAGUCAAUGAGACUUGUUGGUGUUUUUGAGGGAAAACGUCUUGAGUUGGCCCACUUCGAAUGAGGUGUUAAACAUGAUUCUUUUGAAGGAAAAAACACUGGAAACAGUCCUUAACACUAAGAAUAAAUCUGCAUAUUCUUCCAGAGAUGCUCAAGUUUCUGGCGGAAGUUUGAAGUGCGCCUCCUUCCUGUCGGGUGUAAGACAUGUUUUUAGGAGCAGAACGUCUCAGUCAGUGAAGUAACUUGCAGUCCACUGAGCACGGCGCGUUCAGCUUUCCUUUCCUCUUUGCUUUUAAAACUCUUUAUUUUUUAUAGAUUUAUCAACUCCAACUUGGAGAACCUGAUGGUUUACCAAAACGCUGUUACACUUAAUGCUCCCUAGAUCCUCUCCCACUGUGACUGUAGAAUUUGCAGCCUCUGCGCGUGUCUGUUCUUAGCCGUCGGUUCACCGGCGGCUCGUCUUCUCCUUCUCAAGUGCAGUGCCUGUUCACCACUCAAGUGCCCAAACCGUAGGACCGUGGUUUGGUUUUAGUCGGAUGUCCGAGUAUAUUAAUGCGUCGUAGACGGAUGAUAUUUUAAUUUCGCUUCCUGUUCUACUAACAUCUGCUCGUACUAACAAUGAUCCCGUGUUUAGACACAGAGGCAGAUACAAACGCCAAUCAAAACGCAUCAGACGAAGCCAUACUUCGAGAAGAUUAGCCUUAAAAGACAACCCUUGGGCGCCUGUCAGGCUUACCCAGCUUUCCUUUUUAACUGCAGGUAGUACAUAGUAGACGUUCAGGGUCCGAGCUUUAACUCGUUUUGUUACUCCUCUCUCUUCUCCUCCUGCUCACGUGUGCUACGUGUUUUGUUCCCUUUUUGCGGCCUGUAAGCAUAUUUUAUGACCUUUUAAGACAUUUCGCAGCUUGCCGGUUUGUUGCUUAUCUGACCACGACCGAUGUGUGAUGACAAAGCAGGAAUUUGGUGUUGCGUUAGGUGGGAAGAUGAGCACGUGUUCAGGUUGAUGUGGCGUUUGUGUUCGGGAGGUUGGGGGGUCUUCAGUUUGGUAAAUGUAAUGUCGUGCAGUUGGACCAGUUGCUUUUUCCUGCGUUUUUUUCUUCUUGCUUACAGGUCAAUCACUUAGUCUGUUACAAUCAUUCAGCUGUUGAAGGCCAGUUGGCAAAAGUGAAGUGAACGUUCCCGUGUUUAGUUGCUCUUUGAUAUGAAAUAGCCUUUUGUUGUUUAAAAAUGUGUUUAUUUUCAUAUCGCACUUUUUGCCACAUCACCCGACCGGGAGGACUGCCCUUUUUACCCGUAUCAUUGUGAAUCAUCAUUGACCACUUAACAGAACCUGUGACCCUUUUAAACGUGUUGUUUUCAUUCUGCCACUCAAAGUUAAGAAGUUAUUAUAAUGGCACCGUUUUCCUUUACACCCUUUGAAUAAACGUGCGGCUCGUUUGGUCGGAGCAAAUUUAA